AUUCAGUUCAGUUUACUUUUGACUCGCAACUGCAUUCACAAUGGUGAAGGCAAAGGAAAAAACUGAAAUUCCUGGAUAUGAAAAAGUGCGCACCGUAGGAAAAGGAGCUUUUGGCUUGGCGGUUGUUUAUCGGAGAAAAAAGGAUGGCCGCUUAGUUGUAAUCAAAGAAGUUUUUCUUGCCGACAUUGAUCCUGCCGAAAGGCAACAGGCGCUGAAUGAAGUGCAAGUUCUUGCAAGUCUCAAUCAUCCCAACAUAAUUAGGUACAUACGAAGUUUUGAAUGGGAGGAAUCGUUAAUGAUCGAAAUGGAAUACGCUGACGGUGGAAGCCUAGCAAGGUUGCUGGCCAAAAGAGUCACACCUCUGUCCGAACCUGCGGCUUUGCACAUUUUCGGACAAAUCUGCGCCGCGCUGGACCACAUGCACUCUAGAGGAGUGCUACACCGAGAUUUGAAAACGGCAAACGUGUUUCUCACAAAACGACUGGCAGUAAAAGUUGGUGACUUCGGCAUCGCUAAAGUUUUAAGUACUCGAGCGCAGGCGAAUACUCUCCUCGGGACACCUUUUUACAUGAGCCCAGAAAUGUGCGAAGGGAAACAGUAUGGACCAAAAUCUGACAUAUGGGCCGCCGGUUGCAUACUUUAUGAGACCAUGUGUCUAAAAAAGCCAUUCAUGAGUGACACGAUUCCGAGUUUGGUUUCAAAAAUCGUUUCGUGCGAUUGCAGUCCUCUAAGUUCCGAAUUCACCUUCAAAACACGUCAAUUGGUCGCCUGCAUUUUGCAAAGGGACCCUGAUUUGCGACCAUCCGCUGAACAACUCUGCGACGAAAUUUUGCCAGACCUGAUGCUCAGCACUGAGAAACUUGAGCCGCCAGACCCCAAUACUGCUUCCAGACCUCGGUCUGUAGUUUACAAAUGCAGUUUGACUUUUGACUCCAUGAUGGCAAUUGCACUUCCACCAAAAGUGCAGCUCGAAGAAAUCGCGGUCAGUGAUGACCAUUGCCUCGCCCUUACAAAAGACGGAGAUGUCUACGCCUGGGGUCAAGGGUCCCACGGUCAGCUUGGGCAAGGCAAGAAUGAAGGCAGCAGCGAACCAAUAUUUGUUGAGGCGUUGCGAAAUCGGCGGAUACUCACUCUGGCCGCUGGAGAGAAUUUUAGUGUUUUUGUUAGUGACAACGGGGUAGUUUUAUCAUGUGGAGAGGGAAGCAAUGGAUGUCUCGGCCAUGGCGAUUACAACUCCACUUCAACACCCCAAAUUAUUGAUGACCUUUUCAGCGUGGAAGUGGUCGCAGUUGCUUGCGGAAAGGAUCAUGUUGUCGCGCUCUCAAAGGAAGGAAAUGUUUACUCUUGGGGAAACACAGGAAUAAAAGACCACGAAAAAGAGUGUCGCCCCAUUGAGUUGCCUCAAAUAAAAUGUGAAAUGGUGACCGUCCGAGCUGGUCCAAGCUGCAGUGCAGCCAUCGGAACUGAUGGAUCUCUGUGGAUGUGGGGCAGCAAUGAGUACAACCGGCUCGGCAUGGACAGAGAGGGAAUCUUCUGUCUGCGUCGGACAGUGGGUCACGUGGGCACCCCUACGCGGACAAGGCGGAACCGCACGCAGGACGUGGUUUUCGGCGAGAAGCAAACUUUGGUGGUCACCACGUCCGGUCAGGCCGUUCACAUAAAUGGGCCGAAUGCUGGACUGGUCGUCCCAUUUCACGGACCUGUCCAAUUUGCAGGAGUCACCGAGGAAGGAGCGGUGGCUGCGACUCACGACCAAGUUGUAUAUUACUGGGGACCGAAAGCAAAACACUCGGGAGUUUUUGGACUGGCAAAUAUAUAUAUAUAUAUUUUUUUCAUAUUGGUUUUAUUACUAAGAUAUUUUUUGGUUCAGGUGCGGAAUAAUAAAAUUUCAUCUACUGUGCCUCAGGAAGUGCUCUCUUUUUCUGGCCCAUCCGUGGUUUUGGCUGACUUGGUUUGUUGCGCCAACAGAGCGUGGAUAUUGGUUAACACAAUCGCUCCUCUACCACCUGCAAGCAGCAGGCAGGAUCUUGCUGACACCAGGGUACCGGAAUGGCUGAAGGAGGAAAUCAAAAUAUGAGAGCGCUAAUCUUGAUGUCUCUUUUGGGUCAUCGUUUCUUUAAUCUGCUUAACCAGAGUUGCGCUUUUAUAUUGUCGUAUUUGAUGGGCACCAGAUUAAUAAUGUGUCAUUUUUAUAAAGAUUGCGCAGCUGAUUAUAUUUUUCCAACUCAUUGAGUAAGUUUUGAGUGGCUUUUUUCAUAACAAUUUUCUACAUCUUCGUGUUCUCUGUUUAAGUUACAAUGGUUCCACUUGUCACUGUAACACAUUAUAAUAAUACGCCGACUUGAAACAUUGACGCAAAAUCUUGAUAUUUGUGUACAAGUUUUUUUAUUUUUUGGGUAAAUGAUGACAUUGAUUUUGCAAAAUAUCGCCAAUUUUUAAUAAACGAUAUCUGUGAAAGUAUUGAAUUAAAUGGUGCACAUCAUUUAUUGUUAUGAUUCUUUGACCUGGAAUUUUUUGUUUUGAAAUAAUUUGUUUAUCACAAUAAUUCUCGAGAAAUAUGCUAGAAAAGUAAAGCAACUAAUAGAAACACUUCUUAUUGCUGAGGUGAGUAAACAGA